CGCGCAGCUGACGGAGGCUGGAGUGCUGGAGCGCUGGGCGGUCCGACUACCUGACUGGCUGGCCUGGGCGUCGGGGCUGUCGCUUUCGGACUGCCUGUCAGAGGCGGCAAGUUGCCCCUCUCCAGCUGCCCGCAGUUAGCGCGUGUGCCCGAGAACCCGGGGACCGCGAGCUGGGUUUGCUUAGAGAGGACGCGGGCCCGCUCCGCUCAGGCCACGGGCGUCCCGGGCCGCUCCGCUGUCGCUGGAGAACGGCGGGGCUUGGCAGCUAGAAAAGCAGGCCAGAGCCUUCCAGGGCCCGGGGCCCAGGGAUCCGAGGAGGAUGAGCUGGCUCUUUCCCUUGAGCAAGAGCGCCUCCUCCUCCGUGGCUGGGUCUCCCAGUGGCCUCACCAGCCUCCAGCAGCAGAAGCAGCGUCUGAUCGAGUCCCUCCGGAACUCACACUCCAGUAUAGCUGAAAUACAGAAAGAUGUGGAAUACAGAUUGCCAUUCACUGUAAAUAACCUGACAAUUAACAUUAAUAUAUUACUUCCUCCACAAUUUCCUCAAGAAAAGCCAGUGAUCAGCGUUUACCCACCAAUACGACAUCACUUAAUGGAUAAACAAGGAAUAUAUGUUACCUCUCCUUUAGUAAACAAUUUUACAAUGCACUCAGAUCUUGGAAAAAUUAUUCAGAGUUUGUUAGAUGAGUUUUGGAAGAAUCCUCCAGUUUUAGCUCCUACUUCAACAGCAUUUCCAUACCUGUACAGUAACCCAAGCGGAAUGCCUCCUUAUUCUUCUCAGGGUUUUCCAUUUCUUCCUUCAUAUCCUCCACAAGAAGCCAACAGGAAUAUUUCUUCUUUAUCUGUUGCUGACACCGUUUCUUCUUCAACAACAAGUUAUACAACAGCCAAACCUGCCGCACCUUCAUUUGGCAUCCUUUCAAAUCUGCCAUUACCUGUUCCUACAGCAGACACUUCUACACCGAUAAGCCAGAAUGGUUUUGGUUACAAGAUGCCAGAAGUCCCUGAAGCAUUUCCUGAACUCUCAGAACUAAGUGUGUCUCAACUAACAGAUAUGAAUGAACAAGAGGAGAUCUUACUAGAACAGUUUCUGACUUUGCCUCAACUAAAACAAAUUAUUAACGACAAGGAUGACUUAGUAAAAAGUAUUGAGGAACUAGCAAGAAAAAAUCUCCUUUUGGAGCCCAGCUUGGAAGCCAAAAGGCAAACUGUUUUAGAGAAGUAUGAAUUGCUUACACAAAUGAAAUCUACUUUUGAAAAGAAGAUGCAAAGACAGCAUGAACUUAGUGAGAGCUGUAGUGCAAGUGCCCUUCAGGCAAGAUUGAAAGUAGCUGCACAUGAAGCUGAAGAAGAAUCUGAUAAUAUUGCUGAAGAUUUCUUGGAGGGAAAAACUGAAAUAGAUGAUUUUCUCAGUAGCUUCAUGGAAAAGAGAACAAUUUGCCACUGUAGAAGAGCCAAAGAAGAGAAACUUCAACAGGUGAUAGCAAUGCACAGCCAAUUUCAUGCUCCUCUAUAGAUCUUCCUGAAAACAUGAACUGCCAAGACAGGAAUGGGACACAAAACUAAGCACAUUGUUUUAUAUUUUUGACUUGCAAAUUGACAUUUCAUCAACAGUGGCUAAAUCCACAGAUAUACCAUAUUGAUUGUAUACAGAACUGAAACUGAUUUUGUACAGACUAAAAUGAUUGCUCUGAUCUUUGACAAAAUUUUCUGCACUGUUUGCACUAAAACAUUUAUUUAUUGUACAUAAGUCCUAUCAUAUUUAAGUUCCAGUACUGUCCCUUUUAUUGAUUAAAUGCCUAUGCAUAUAAUUCUAGGUAGUUUUCAAUAUUUUAUAAAACUACUUAAGUUUGUAGUUUUAAUUUGAAGCUGACCCAUUUCUUUUUUCCUCACAACUUUUUUGAAAAACUAUUUUCAACUGUGGAAAGUUCCUAUUUUUCUUUUCUGGAUAAAAUUUUCAAAAGCAGUUUGCUUUAAAUAAUCAUAGUGUCAGGAAACAUCAAACCUGUCAGUGUACCAUUUCAAGAAAGUAACUUUUAAUAUUUACAAUAAAUCAAAAAAUAAACCAGCUUCUCCUAUAUACUUUAUUUUUAAAACUAAAGUUGGAUUUAAGAAGCAAUACGGGUAAAUUUUUUUUUACCUAUGAGAAAAAAAACUGCCUUUAACCUAAACCAGUCCAACACAAACUUUUUUUAAAAAUAAGCACCUACUGUUUUUGUGGUUGGAUAAGGAUAUGCUUUAAGUUCCUAAUUUAGAAAAACUUAAAUCUUUAUUAAUAAAUAACAAAUAUAGACACGAAGAAGUCAGUGACUUUUUUUUUUGACCCUAACUGUGAGUUAGAUAUUCUUUAAGAAAAAAGAUACAGCAAUAAGUAAAGUUACUGUUAAACUUUUAGGCAAUUCUAAUUUUUAAUAAAUUUUUCUCUUUAACUAUUCUGAGUUCAGCAGCUUGCUUCCAAAAUAUGUUACAAAAUGAACACAUUUCAUGGAUAGCCCUAAAAACUCAUAAGAAAAAAUCAUAUGUGAGUCAUGUAAGAUAGUAUUUAAAUCACAAAAAUAACCCUAUGAGUAUUUUUCUUUAAAUUUCAUUUCAGUACCAGCAAAUGGUAUGCAUUUUAUUUUCUCUGACACAUUUGACAAUAGUUUUAUAAAAAACGAAAUUAAGAUCCUAGAAUUAAAAAAUCCUGAAUACUUAAUCUAUAUUUUUAGGAGGCAAGUAUUCACAUGGAAUAUAAAUAAAAUACUGGAUAUAGAAAACAAUUUUUAUUAAUUGCUUUGCUUUCUUGCUCUGCAUAAGGGCCUGCUGUUUAGUCUUCACAGUGACCACAUGAAGAAGGUACAAUUAUUAUUCCUGACUGAUCAAUAACUGAGGUAAAUUUUUGGUAAUCAGAAACCUUUCCUUACUGUACUGUCAGAGCUUAAAACAGUCCCAACGUUUUGUGGAGUUCGGUAACUUUCUUAGAUACCAUGCAUAUCCCAUUACAAGAGACUAGCAAACCACAACCUUUCUUUAUAGCAUCAAUUUUUUUGAUCUCCUGAUUUUAUCAAAUAUCUUUUAAAGAAUUAGGUGUUGUAGAAGCUACAUAAAGACAACUAAAAUACCAUCUAGAUGCUUAUCCAUCUUACCCUCCACUGCUACUUUUCCCUACUCCACCCAAAAAUUUUCUCAGUUAAUUUCUUGUCCAUAAUCAUAUAAUUCAUCUCAAUGUUUUUUACUCUUUAAACUUAAGACUUUGCCACUUCAUCUUAUACCACUUAACAGCUUAGUUUUUCCUUCAAAAUUAAUUUAUUUGAUAACCUCCUUACAACCUGGUCAUUAAGUAAAGAAGUUUGAUAAUAGACUGCAUUUAAUAAAUAGACCAUUUGGAGAUAGGUUAUGAAAACUGCCUGUGUGAAUUUGGGUUCUGAUAUUGCAGUAGACAAUGAUUUUUGUAAUUUUAUGGCUGUAUAUUUUUUGUCAUAAAAAUUGGCUGUUUUGGAAAAGCAGUGCCAAAAGAAGAAAGAAAUAUAUAUCAAAUUAAUGUUCUAAUUUUACUUUAAUGUACAACAAUAAUGGAUAGAAAUCUGAAUCCUAGCAGAAAUCUUAGGAGUUUUAACAGAUUGUGUAAGGGUGGGUUUUAUCAUUGGGUAUAGAUUAAAAACUAGUAUUUCAAAAUAGGAGUUUUAAAGUCAAUGAUAUUUACUAUAGAUACCCAUUUCAAAGUUGAAUGAAAUUCCUAGGAAUAAAUUGAGACUGGGUAAUUUAUAUCAGAAUAGAAGAUGUCUGACAAGAACAUUUAAUCAUAAUUCAUAUGAGCUUAAAUGAAAGGUGGUUCAGAUUCAUUUUUAGAGAAUUAUUUAACAAAAAUUUAUUUCAGGAUUUCCUCUCAUUCAUGUAUUCUAUAAGGAAUUCAAUGAUUGGUUUUCCAACUCAUGAUCAAAAUACUUGCACAUCAAUAAUUAAUAAAAUACUUGAGCUCUACAUAUUACUAGUUGGGAAGUAAUAUGGAAUAAAUCAAUUUAAAGUUACCUGAAGGCAAUAAGUUUUUGGCCACUGCCCUAACUUAAAUACUUCCUUAUGAAUAAGUGAAAAUGUAGUUUUAGAAAUUUGUCUUAUUGAAUUGGCCAUGUUCUUUCCAAGGCUCUGUGAAAGCACAAUAAAAUUUAUAGGAAUGAUA